AAUUUUAGUUCUGAACUUCCGGUCUCAUGUAACCAACCACGCCACGGCACGUCAGAUUUGAAGAGAACUUUGAAAAUGGCUUUACAAGCUAUUGCAUCGUUUGUGCUUCUAAGUUUUAUUUUAUCACCAGCUUUCUGCCAAAACACGGAAGAAGACGAGGAUAUGACAUACGCCUUUGAGCCAGAGGAGCGGUUCCUGGACAUAUUUCCACUGACUGGGGACAAUUUCACAGACAGCGUUCUGAGAAGUAGCGAUGCCUGGAUUGUCAUUUUUCAUUCUGGUCAGUUAAAGCGGAGCUGGAAGUCAAUGGCCGUCAAUCUGAGAGGCGUGGUUUGGGUUGGCAUGGUAGACACGCGCUACCAAACAGAGCUGCUCGAAAAAAUGAAAUACAGAGUAAACCAUGACUCCGAGGCUCGAGUGUACCCUCACGGACCAAUGUCAAUAAAAAAGAAGUCCUGGCUGAGUGCAAAGUCCCCAAACGAAGCUCGUAUGUUAGCCGUGGACUCAAUUCCAGAUAAUUCACUUCGGAUCAAGGGGAAGAACCUCCAAGAAUUCCUCGUCGACUGUUUUAUGUCCAAACCAUCCAGGUUCCCACUUCUGCUCCUCACGGAGGAGACCGAGACCCCUGUUUUGUUUAAAGCCGUGUCUUACAGAUUUAAGCGGUACUUUAAUGCUGCUCGGGUCGUGAAACCGACUCUGGAGGAUUACAGUGCUCUAGGAAUGGAGGACAGCUUCUUUGACACGCCCCUUUUGUUUGUCCUCCUACCUGAUGUCAAGGACAAAGGGACCAAGCACACCCAGGACAUGGGUUUCAGUGCAGUGAUGUUUGAAACUAAGAAGAUGGGAGACUUAAACUAUCCCAACAUUCUGAGAUUUCUGUUUGGAGUCAAUAAUUCAUACAGGCACACUCUCCCUGGCGACAACCAAUCAAACGAUCAGGAGAUUUCUGAAAUGUCAGACAUCGUAAAAAUUGAGAGUAAAAGGUUUGAAAUGGAGAAGCCAAAAAAGAAAGCUAAGAAAGAGGAUGAUUCUAGUAUUAAAUUUACAAUGACAAACACAAUGACUGGAGCAGUCAGAGAUGAAUUAUAGCAGAGCGUCUGUCAAUUUUACGUCUUUCCUCAAAUGCUUCCAUUCCAUUUUAAGAAUACUUGCCAGCUAGUGUCAUGAGACAAUAAACCAGACAUUUUUCCUACUUUGAUUUAGAAAUUUAAUGCAUUUUAUACUUGAUCAUAAUUUUGCUACGCAUUAAAAAUUCACUUGGUCCUCUGAUCUACCGGUGCAAAAUAAUAUGCCUCCGUGGGGGAUAAAAAUCCAAGAUGCAAGACAUAAAACUUUGCGAUAUAUAUUGACUAGGUUUCUGCUACUCCUAUUUAAUUAGGCUUAUGUGUUCACUGCAGUAAAGUCGCUCAUUAUUUGCUGUGUUAUUACAACUUUUCCUCCUGUCAGUAUUGUAACUAAUUUGAAAUUACCGGGUAUGUAAAAAAGAACACAUAGUUGAUACAUAAAUUUUCACAUUAUUGAUACUAUACUCUUUGAAAAAAAUAUGGACAGCUUUACCCAAAAUGAUCAGAUACUCUGAUUAAUAAAUUAACUUUACUAUUCAAUGUUAAAAUCUUUCAAAGAGCAUUGUUAUUCUAUUGCAUGAUGUAUUUUGU